AUGCUAAUGCGCGAGAAUGCCGACCAGGACCUAGCGGCGCUCGCGAAAGGCUCCGACGCGCAGCUCAUGUCGGCCAUUGGGAUCGCGAAGCGGAACCUUAGCGUGUACUCGUCCAUACCAGGAUGGCAACACCAGGGGGUUCUUGCGGAGAUCCGGCUUCAGCAGGAAAGCGCGGCGUGCGUUGCGCGACAACGGACCGCCGCCGCUCAGUCGUUCGUCCACACUCACCAAGCUUCCACAGACAGGUUUCCUCAUUCCGACCGUUUCUCUCCCUCGACGCAAGCAGCCCUCGCGUCGCUCUCCCCCAAUACACCCCUCGCUGAACCAACCGACUCUGCCGGUGCCGGCGCCGGCGCGCCCGGCGAUGCGGCUGCUGCUCCGACGGCAGCGCGACCGAUCCCCACGGAUGCCCCAGCGAUUCCCCACCUGACCGCUCUCCACGGCGCAAGUGGCGCUGCGAGCGACUACGGCUCGUCGCCCGAGAGUUCGCAGUCGUCGUUCAUGUUCAAGCGAUGCCAUUAUUUCGCACGCGGAUUCUGCAAGCACGGCAGCGCGUGUCGCUUCCUGCACGCGUCGCACGGCCAGUCGGCGACGGCGCCCGUGUCGUCGCCGGGGUCGCCCAGUGCGACGAGCUCGGACGGCACGAUGGCGGCUGCGACGUAUCCCGAGCCGCAAGGCGCGGAAGAGACUGCUGCUUUGAGCUGCACAACCGCGAGCGGCGGCGGCGUCGACGGUUCCGGGGUUGAUGCUAGCGGGGAUAACGACAGAGUGAGCCGCGGUGACGGUGGAGAUUCCUUUGCUGGUAGCACCCCCGCGCCCGGCGGCGGCGGUGGCGGCGACGGUAGCGGUGGUGGUGUGGCCGGAUCUGCUGCUGGCGGGCUUGCGGGCGGCAGCCCGGGUUCUGCGGCGGGUUUCACGCUGGAGCGGCUCGAGACGGAGCUUCACGAGCUCCUCAGAGAGCACAAGGGGCCCAUCCACGUGGCAUCGCUCCCUCAGCUAUACGCGGAGAGGUUCGGGAAGCCGUUGCAAGCGGAGGGGUACCUAACUGAGAGCCAGCGGCAGGGGCGGCCCGGACUAAGCUUAACUAAGUUACUUGCGCAGAUGAAAUCGUCUAUUGCGUUCGUUGAUAGGCCGAGCGGGCAGCGCGCGAUCGUUCUAAAAGGGUCGCCAAUUCUGGAGGAAUCUAAAAAGUUUAUCUCGUUUAAGGAGCGAGCGGAUUUGGCGCCGCCUAGUCCGGGGUCGCGGCAGAUUUAUCUCACUUUUCCGGCCGAAAGCACGUUCACAGAGGAUGACGUGGCAGCUCAUUUCAGCAAGUUUGGCCCCGUGCACGAGGUGCGCGUGCCGCAUCAGCAGAAGCGCAUGUUCGGAUUCGUGACAUUCGCGUUCGCGCACAGCGUGAAAGCGAUUCUCGAGGAGGGUAACCCGCACCACAUCGGCGGCUCGCGCGUGCUCGUCAAGCCGUACCGCGAGAAGUCGCGCCACGGCAGCGCCGCCACGGCCGCGCACGGCCACGCGGAGCGGAAGUCGCGCGCGGGAGGGGACCGCGGCGCACAGGUGUCGCCCGCGAAAGGCGCCAUGGAGCCUGACGUGGACGCAUUGCGGGGGGGAAGGGGCGUGGGGGGCGUGGGGGGCAUGGGGCCCGUGGGGGGCGUGGGGGACGUGGGGGGAAUGGGGGGAAUGCGUAUGGGUGGUAUGGGCGGCAUUGGAGGCAUGGGUGGGAUGGCUGGUGGUACGGACGAGCAUCUUUUCAAGCCGACCUCUCACAGCCUCGCCUCCUCCUCUUUCUCCUCCUUCGCCUCCUCCAUUUCGUCAGGGUUGACCGGAUUCGCCUCUGCUCGCACUCCCAUGGAGCACUCUUUUAGCUUUGCGUCCUCCUCCCUCUCCUCGCUCUCCUCUCUUCCCGGCUAUGGCACUACCGCCACCAUAACCAGCUCUACAGCCCACUUCCCACAUGGCGAUGCAGCCCCUGAGGCCCUUCCGCAAACGCCCACACACCGGCAACUCGAUGAUGUCUUCGAUCUGCACUCGCUUCUGCCAGACAGUCCCUUCACCUCGCCCCUGAUGACCAGCACCGCCAGCAGCGCCAGCGCCAUUGCUAGAGACAAAAACCAAGACCGUCUGCCGCCCGCUGCUGCGCUCACCGCUGGCACCGCCGCAGCAUGGGACGACGCAGACCGCCAAGAAACUGUUCCUUCUUCCUCUAUACAGCAGCAGCAGCAGCAGCAGCAGCAGGUCUCAGGCACUGCGUCCCUGUGGGGUCAGACAGUGGGGGGAGAGGCUGUAGUGGGGGAGACAACUGCACAGCUAACUGCUUCUAUUGGGGAGCUCAGUAUGGGGGAUACACAGCAGCAGCAGCAGCAGCAGCAGCAGCAGCAGCAGCAGCCGCAGGAGGAGCAUGGGAGGGUGGUGGCGAGCGUGUGGGGCCACACCUGUGACUCCUGCUCGGCGGCGGUGCCAGCUGUGUUGUCAUUGAUUCUCCCGUUCCCCCCACUCAUGUUGUGUCACCUCAUCUGUUCUGUUUUUCUCCCUUUUCACUCCUCUAAUCUUCCCUCCCCUGCCCCGUUUCCCUCCUGUCCCGUUGCUCACCUGUCCGGGUGCGCCCUCCCCCAGAAGCGGCCUACACCAUGCAGCUCGCGUGUGGUCACUACCAUUGCACCAAGUGUGCCCCGCAGGGCCCCUCGUCGUGGUGUGGUGUGUGCCAGCACACCGCCUACCAGCCCGCCUCCUCUUACCUCGUUGCACAAACUCCCUGGAAGGUUCCUACUCAAGAAGCUGCGUGGAAGUAUGCAUUAG